AGCUCGGCGGAGGGCGGGGGGCCCGGCGCGGCCCGGGACGAUGCUGCGGCUGGUGUCGCUGAAGUUGGGGCGGCUGUACCGCUACGUGAAGCUGGCGGUGCUGGGCAGCCUGGCGGCGGCGCUGGUGCUGAACACGCACUCGCUGCUGGCCUCGCUGCAGCGCAACGAGCUGUCGGAGCGGCGCUUCCUGCAGCUCAAUAAGUGCCCGGCCUGCUGGGGCACCAGCUGGUGCCGCAAGUUCCUCAACGGGCAGCUGCGGCUGGAGAGCUGGGGCCGCCUGCGCCUGCUGGACUUCUUCAACGUGAAGAACGUGUACUUCGCGCGGUACGGGGAGCCCCGCGAGGGCUCCCGCCGCGUCGUGCUGAAGCGCCUGGGCUCGGCGCAGGAGCUCGCCGACAUCGACACCAAGAUCUGCCGGCGCGCCACCGGCAGGGGCCGCUGCGACCUGCUGCAGGCGCUGCCCGCCACCGAGUUCGCCAGCCUGAACGGCGACGUGCGGCUGCUCACCCCCGGCGCCGUGGAGGGCUGGUCCGACCUGGUGCACUGCCCCUCGCAGCGCCUGCUCGACCGCCUGGUGCGCCGCUACGCCGAGACCAAGGACUCGGGCAGCUUCCUGCUGCGCAACCUGAAGGACUCGGAGCGCAUGCAGCUGCUCAUCACCCUCGCCUUCAACCCCGAGCCGCUGGUGCUGCAGAGUUUUCCCUCUGAUGAGGGUUGGCCAUUUGCAAAGUAUUUGGGAGCAUGUGGAAGAAUGGUGGCUGUCAACUAUGUUGGAGAAGAGCUGUGGAGUUACUUCAAUGCACCAUGGGAGAAACGAGUGGAUCUGGCCUGGCAAUUGAUGGAAAUAGCUGAGCAGCUGACAAAUAAUGACUUUGAAUUUGCACUCUACCUCCUUGAUGUCAGCUUCGACAACUUUGCAGUGGGACCAAGAGAUGGGAAGGUUAUCAUUGUAGACGCAGAAAACGUUCUGGUAGCAGACAAAAGGCUGAUCAGACAGAAUAAACCUGAGAACUGGGAUGUGUGGUAUGAGAGCAAGUUUGAUGACUGUGAUAAAGAAGCUUGUCUGUCCUUCUCGAAGGAGAUUCUUUGUGCUCGUGUCACUGUGGACCACAACUAUUACGCCGUGUGUCAGAACCUUUUGUCCAGACACGCCACGUGGCGGGGCACCUCGGGGGGGCUGCUGCACGACCCCCCAGCUGAGAUUGCCAAAGAGGGGCGCCUGGAGGCCCUGCUGGAUGAGUGUGCCAACCCAAAGAAGAGAUACGGUCGAUUCCAGGCCGCCAAGGAACUCCGGGAAUACCUCGCACAGCUCAGUAACAACGUGAGGUAGUCCACAGUGAAAUUCUUUGGCAACACUGGCUGAAACACUAUUGCAAAGACACAUAGAAAACAAAGUUUUGGACUCCUGUGUUAAAAAGAGAGAAUAAAAAUCCCUAGUUUAUCAGUUUUCUUAAUACUGUAAAAAUAGAAUUUUAUGGUGUUAUAAUGUUCCUUUGCAAACAAACAAGGUACUUACUGAAUUAAAACUUGAGCUACUAUUGACUGGCCUCCCUAACUGUUUAAAAGGGAGUAGGUCACAAAAGACUGUGAUAGCUUAAUUGACAGCUUGUGUGUCAAAGGGUACUUUACAUAAAACUGCAUUAGUGUCACAGUUUUGUGAAACUGAUGUUCUUACUUGGAAAGUCAAGUUAGACUGGUGGCCUGUUUUAAAGGCCUUUUUUCUGACAUCAUUGUCUCAUUUUUGUGUUUGUUUAAACACCUUGAAGUGGCAUUUACAUCCGGGUAUCUAGCUGUCUGCAUUGUUUCAAACUGAACAGGCUUUCAUGUUAGUGCUGUGCAGAACAUUCCUACUGUGAGUGCAGGAUUCCUGAGUUUACUGUCUGACUUUAGAGGGUUUUACACUGUAUUUAAUUAUGCUUAGACAUUGUGGUUUGUUUUUUUUUUAAGAUCAUCAUAAGCUCAAAUCUCACUUGAACUAACAUUAAUUUCAUGUCUUCUGUGGUUCUGCCAUUGGAAAUAUCACUUAAUGUAACUAUUGUACAAAACUUACCCUUCGUGCCAGUAUAUACACAUGGCUGUUUAACAGGAAAUCGUGGUAUGAACAAGCUCUUAUUUUUAGAAGAGGUAAUUUGAAAAUUGGAAAGACACUACAAUAAAAAGAUCUGUGUUAAUUUAAAUUGGGGAUAAAAGAUUGACAAAACUAAAAAAUCACUAGUCUGGUGUAGUUUAAGCCAAAGAAAAUGGUUUUGUUUAUUAGUUUUUGAACAUAUAAUAAACAAAGAAUGCUGAAUUGUAGUGAAGCUAAUAAUAUUCAAAAUUCAGAUUUUGAUGGUC